AUGCGCGAAAUAAUCACACUACAGCUUGGGCAGCAAAGCAAUUAUAUAGCAACACACUUCUGGAACGCUCAAGAAUCUUAUUUUACCUAUGGUGCAGACGAAGAAUCACCAGUCGAUCAUGACGUGCAUUUCCGGCCAGGUCUCGGCGCAAAUGGCACUGAGACUUUUAUGCCAAGAACAGUUGUCUAUGACCUCAAGGGCGGAUUUGGCACCUUAAAGAGGCUCAACGCUCUCUACGAUAUUAGCGAAGAUGCAGAGGCAAGUAGCCUGUGGUCUGGGAACGCAGUUGUACACAAACAGCAACCCAUAGAUGCCAGCGCGUACCAGGAAAGUCUAGACUCGGGACAGGCGCCCCCUGAGCUCACCACAAGCACAGUGAGGUACUGGUCUGAUUUCAACAGGGUCUUCUACCACCCAAAGUCCAUUAUUCAGCUUAAUGAGUAUGAGUUAAACUCGACGCUCAUGCCAUUCGAGAAGUGGCAUAUGGGAGAGGAGUUGUUUGCCAACCUGGAUAGGGAGGACGAUCUACUAGAUCGCGACUUACGCCCCUUCGUUGAAGAAGCAGAUCAUAUGCAGGGUAUACAGAUAAUGACUGGGCUCGAUGAUGCGUGGGGUGGCUUCGCCACUAAAUAUGUUGAACGGAUACGAGAUGAAUAUGGCAAGACUCCCGUCUGGGUUUUUGGAGCACAAGAGCCUACGAAGGGUCUGUCUAGGGAGAAACGGCUUUUGAAAUUGGUUAACAAGGCGCGCGCGUUGGCUGAGUUAAGCUCGCAAGCCUCCCUAGUCGUACCUCUGGCUCUACCUGAGGAGCCUCUUCCGUCUAAUAUCCACUUAGAUCCAUCAUCGCCAUGGCAUGUGUCAGCGCUGUUCGCAGCUACGAUCGAAAGCACAACUCUUUACACUCGACUCAGAACUGUUGAUCGUAUCUAUUCAAGUAACUUUAGUCACAUGACGGAUCUCCUCAAUGUUUUCGGAAGACAGACUAUCGCAAACAUAGAAAUGAGCCCCAUUGACCUCGCCAGCUCAACACGAAAUGGGCCCACAAACUCGCGUGGCGAUCCCAUAUCUAGCCUUUACGAACGUGUUGAUGACGACGAAUCUGAGUCCGGUUCGCAAAAGGGCGCAGCGCCAUUAGACGUGGACCUGUCAGCCCCCCAAGAUCUAAAGUUAGAUCCAGGGGCGAGGAAGCCGAAGAAGCGAUAUGUUUUCAGCCAAGUACGGACAUAUCGGGGACCCGAAACCGAGAAUCCAGCAGACGAGGAAGGUGGUAUUGACACCGGCCGCUUUGGUAUGAGACGCAGGCCGAAAGUCCACAAUUACCGCUCUAGCCUUUCUUUUCCAAUCCUCGAUAGCUACCCGGCGAUAUUCAGGGAUAGCAACAGGAGUACAAUUAAAGAACACAUGGCCAUGCGCACGUCAUUGACCACCGAUACUUCCGUGAUGGACAAAAUCAGAAGACUUCGGACAACAGUUAUCCGAUCUAUUGGUGUCGAGGAUAGGGAAGUUAUUGGGAACGAACUUGCAGAAAUUGCCGACGGGUAUAAAGAGGGGUGGUCGAGUGGGAGUGAUGAUGACGACGAUGAUUGA